AUGUCAAAACAUUCUUACGCCGGUUUUAAGCUAAGAGAAGUUCAUUUUGUGUGUUCAAUAUUCGCCAAAGCAAGAAGAAAAUUUUGUAUGGUCAAGUGCUUGAUAGAUAUGAUUGCGGGAUAUCCCAUCGUGAAAAUUGUCGCCUUCAUAAUGACAAGAAAACUUUUUAAAAUACCAGAUAACAUUAAAGUUGCUUUCACUUUUUUACAACAAUUAAAAAGAGAAUCAAUAAAACGUUUUUGUUUUAACGAGCAACUCAUCAUAGGGAAAGGAAACAACAAAGUGCAGGAGACUGAAUGA